UUCAUCCCUUGCAUCUCGGCCUCAUAUCGAAGUACGGAACUGUGCCGAUUGAGCGCCACUGUACAAGGCGAUGGCGGGAUGGUGAAUGGUUAUGGUUCAUCUUAUGGUUUCUUUCCAUUCCUUCUCUUGUGAUGAACGUUUAUCUUUUUCUCUCUAACAUAUAUCAUAUGUAUGUCUAUCUUAUUUUAAGUGUGGAAGGUGCUACAUAGUGCAGCUACAAAGAUAAUCUGUCUGAAAUUGUAUGUUGGAGCACGCGUUGAGUGAAUACAUGCAAGUACUCACCAUAUGGCAGGACGCGUUCUCACGUGGAACUGUCACUUUAAUCUCAACUUCGUCAUCUGUUAAACCGUAUCGAUACAAUGGAAUCAAGUUAUUUCAACAAUAUUGUGAACUCAGAGUACGGUCGGAAAAAUGACGAACAUAUCGAAUAUGGAACCGCUGGCUUUAGAACAAAGUCAGAUAUCUUGGAGCAUGUUUUAUACAGAAUGGGCCUCUUAGCUGUGUUACGAUCUAAAGCAAAGAAAGCGAGUCACAAUUUAGAGCCUGACAAUGGCAUCAAACUUGUCGACCCAGCUGGCGAAAUGCUUGAAGCUUCUUGGGAAACGAUAGCGACAAAUCUAGCUAAUGUGGUAGAUGGAGAUUUGAUAUCAAUGUUGACACAUAUAUCUACCAAGGAAAAUAUCGACUUGUCGAUACCAGCCACGGUGAUAAUAGGGCGAGAUACCCGUAAAAGCAGUCCCAUCCUGUUGAAAGCUGCACUAGCAGGAAUCAAAGCAUUAAACGGCAAUGUUACAGACUUGGAAUUGGUUACGACUCCACAGCUACACUAUGUCGUUGUAUGCACGAACACUGAUGGCGCUUACGGUGAUCCCACGCUGAAGGGUUAUUAUUCGAAACUAGCAGCAGUAUUUAAAAGCAUACGAGGCACCGAAGUAAAUAAUGGAAAGUACAUAAGCAGAUUGCAAUUGGAUACUGCAAAUGGCGUAGGUGCUAUCGCAGCGAAGGAAUUUCAAAGAUACUUGGAGGGUGUGUUGGAUAUCAAGUUGUGUAAUGACGGAAGCGGGGACUUAAAUCAUAUGUGUGGUGCGGAUUAUGUCAAAGUACAACAGACGUUGCCUCUGAAUAUCCCAUCCGAGAAGACUAUUAGAUGCGCCAGCAUAGAUGGGGACGCUGAUAGAGUGGUGUAUUUUUACAUAGAUGAGAAUAAUAAGUUUCACCUUUUGGAUGGGGAUCGAAUAGCAACGCUAGUGGCCGCUUACUUUAAGGAACUAUUGGAAACGAGUGGUUUAUCUUUACAAUUGGGCUUGGUGCAAACCGCAUAUGCCAACAGUGGUUCAACCGAUUAUAUUUCGAACGUGUUAAAAGUUCCAGUGGCGUGUGUGUCAACUGGUGUGAAGCAUCUGCACAAGAAAGCACUGGAAUUUGACAUUGGAGUCUACUUCGAGGCAAACGGACAUGGAACUGUCAUCUUUAAAGAUACUGCUAAAGAAGCUAUCAAGAAUCACGCUAAGAACAAAAUGCUUUCAUCGACACAAAGAAUGGCUUCUUCAAAAUUGAGAGAUGUAAUCGAUUUAAUAAACGAAACAGUUGGCGAUGCAUUGAGCGAUAUGUUACUAGUCGAAACUAUAUUACAUGCCAAGGGCUGGGAUGUUGUAGAAUGGGAAAGAAGCUACAACGAUCUUCCGAAUAAGCAACUCAAAGUCAGAGUGAAAGAUAGAAAUCUUAUAACAACAACGAAUGCAGGAAGAAAUUGCCUGACUCCCGUUUGUUUACAAGAAGAGAUUGAUAAGAUCGUCUCGAAAUAUCCAAGAGGUCGAUCUUUCGUUAGGCCUUCUGGAACUGAAGAUAUCGUGCGAGUUUAUGCGGAAUGUGAGUGUUCAUUGGAUGUUAAUAAACUAGCCGUGAAAGUAGCUUCACUCGUGUAUAGACUCGCAGGCGGUGUUGGACCAGAACCCAGUUUAUUAUGAGUUUAACAUCAGAAUUAAAUAUUAUCCUGAAUUGCUAUACUAAGUUGUCAAAAAAAGUUCUGA